AUGCUCAAGGCCGUGAGCAAGUUUGUGCAACCCAGGCAGCCGCCGUGCCUGUCGACGCUUUUCCGCUUCCAGCCUCACGGGAACCAUGAACAGUCUUGUUUGAGGAAAGCCUACGCCACACAAAGAGACCAUGUGCAGGGCAGCCAGAUACUUGGUCUCCGGCUAGCAAUAGCCCAAGCCAUGGCCCAACUCCUGCCCACACCGGCCGGUCAGCCUCAGUCCGCCGAGGUACUAGUCGCGGUGCUAGUGCCUCUGGGAGCUGCCAUCACCACCACCACCACAUUUGACUUUGCAAUUCCGGCCGGCUCGACAUCAGCCGCGAAUGAUAUCUGUCGUGUAGACCGCGCUAUGUUAGCAAUAGCUCGAUACGAUAUACGCAGCCGUGCUAUUGGCGAACGAUGCUGCAGACGCCGGGGAUGCGAAUGUUCUUCACGUCCAUGUGGUUCUUGCAGAGACGGGCACACGCAUGGAUUGUCCAUCCGAACCAUCGGCUCCAUCCCAGUUACGACCAACCACAAUCGACCUUCACGUCUUGCAUGCAAGUACGCCGGUAUGCCGCAUCUGCUCACACCCACCACUACCCGCCUUAUUAUGCAUCCUUAUGCACAUCUCAUGCGCUAA